CACCCUGGGUCAAUCCGGCUGAUUGGGAUCUUUGUCAUGACAUAUUUCAGACGAUGUGUACUGAAUUGAACGGAUCCUAACCGGCCCAGUUCUAUCCCAAAUGUGUCAAAUUGAGGUGUGGAAUUUCCGUCCCAGGUCUUGGCGGGAGUGCAUCAAGCGAUCUUGGGCCCCGCUGGUUCAAUAUCGGAUCUCCAGCCUCCUGCCUGCGAUCAAUCCGGAUCUUGAGCACUCUCAUUCGGACGACGUGAACUCGCCUGAAAAGGAUCAGGCUGUGGUCAAAGAUGGCGCCAAUCUCAUGCACAUUUGGGCCUCCACCAUGAAAACGCUAGAAUGGGUGGAGACUUUGUAUUUGGAGACAAAAGUCUCGGAGACUUACCAAACCUUAUUGAAGGUUUUGCAAGAUCAUUUGAACAUUCCUGCCAGUAAAGACGCUGACCUCAUGAAGUUACUUCACCAAUCAGUCGCUAUUCUCAACGAGUUCUUCGAAAACAAUGAAUCGACCAAGUUUUUGAAGAAUGGUCUGAACCAGUGGAAUUGGUUGGAUAUGAGCGAGGAGUUCAGAAAUCGUCCUCUGAGAUGGCGAGUGGAGUUUUUAAGACAUAUUAAGCCCAACCUGAGGAGCGACAACGAUUUGAUGAGUAGCGUUCCAUCCGAUCCAUCUUCGGAGGUGGUCGAGAGUGGGAGCCAAGUCCAGGAAGAAGUUGAAAUUGUUGAAACCUUCCCCGCAAAUGCUCGUAGAGACGGUUCUGAAAAUCUGAAGGAGCAGACGAAAGGAGGCUUUCAACUUAUGCUGACGUACAUGGCACGAAAACUGAUAUCCUCGAAAUUGUGCCAGGAGGAGGAGGAGGCUCAAAGGAAAGCACUUCAUCACAUCAAAAGCUUGGAGGCUGCCGGAUUUAACUACAGGAAACUGCUGAGAUUCUAUUACAAAGAGAAGCAACGCCUAGAAAACGAUCACCGAGGUCAAGAGCUAAAGCCUAUUCUAUUCAAAACGAUUGCUUCCAAAAAUCGAGGGAUCGCAUCCAUGGAAGUCAGUCGAACUGUCGAUCUCAUCGAUAGCUUCUUUCGGAAGAGACAACGUCACUGUAUAUCAUAAAUCUGAGAAACGACAACCAUUGCAUAGCGAAUCUAUCCUCAUCAUUAUUUGCCUUAA